AUGCUGGGUCUCAGUAUCGGCGUGGAAGAUGUCUGCGACGACGCAUUCGAACCCAAGUGCUCGCUGUUCAAUCAGCUCACGCUGGUUGAUCGUCAAGAGGACUUCGGGGCCGUCCAUUUUGAAGACGCUGUGGUGCGCCUGGCCAAGUGGGGCGAUGGUCAGUUGCGAGCCAAUGCGCGAGCCAAGGGGUGGGUAGACGCAGUCAACUUCCGAGACCUGACGCAGCGACACCUGAUCGAGCCCUUCCGGCUUGAUGUCGAUUUGCGCAAGCCCUCCAGUUACCAGUCCAAGCACUGGCCAGACCAGGACACCGCACUGCGCGCGACCAUUCAAACGAGCCCAGUGGAACUCAACGUCACUCAAGCUUCUGCGACCGAGAGACACCAACAGGGGCCAGUCGGCAUGUAUUCGGCAUACGUGCUCAUCAACGACACACAGUGCGAUCUCUGCUACGGCCAAUACCACACCGAGGAGGAGCUGAUCCUGCCUGCGCUCUCGCGCUCAUCCUACUAUUGGCGCACUCACCGAGUGAAGCUGGUGCAGCAGCGACUCAAGUUCUGGAGCGCGGUGGAUAAAGGCGCUCAGUUCAGGUCAACAGUCGACUUCGUGGCAGCGCACAUGCUGGCUCUCGCGCCCCUGGCGUCGGCUGCGCUGGACCUCGAUCCGCUGACACACCCGCAGCUGUCAUUCGCCAUGAACGACCAGCGCCAGCGCAAGCAUCACGAUGAUAGCGACGACGACGCGGCAGCAUGGUCCACGCCGCCCUACUCGCUCGACAUGUCGCUGGUCGAUGAAAUUCGCGAGUGGGAAGGCGCACUCUACGCCAAGGGCGACGCGGCGGUCGGCAACGACGAUAGCGACAGCCCCGAGGAGUUGGAGCGACUGUUGACCGUCGUGCGCGAGAAGAAGAUCGUGCGAGAGGCCGUCACCAGCCAAUACCUCUCCCACGAAUCGGAGCUCGCCGCCAUGAAGAACCGAGAGAGCCGCAAGGGCAAGGAGAAGCUGGCCGAUGACGACGACCACGGGGGCGGCAAAAAGGCCAUCGCGGUGCCCCUGCGGGUCAUCGCCUCGCUCGACAACGACCCGGGCAACCGCAUCCGCAGCUCGCCUACCAUCCUUCUGUCGAUUUCAUUCGCCUUCACGCUCGCCAACGAGACGUCGCAGCCGAUCUAUUUCCGCCGGCAGCCGACGGCGGUCGAGCUGGCGCCGUCCGCCGAGGAGCAGCCGCAGCACGUCUGCAUCCGCCCGCAGAGGAGGGUGGGCUUCGAUUUCUACGCCGCGACGAAGGACCAAGGCAAGCGCACGAGCCAGAGCGGCGGCGCCGAAGACGAGGAGAGCCUCGUUUCCCCGGCCCCGGUUCUGCUCACGUACUCGGUGGUGACCCGCGACGGCGCGACGACGGUGGUGGCCUGGCGAGACCAGUUCCCGCCAUUCAAGCUGGUCAACGCGUGCCCGUUCCCCAUCUACUACGCCCAGUACCACGACGACCGACGCAGGAUGGAGCGCACCAAGUGCGCUGUGCCGGCCGGGCAGAUGGUCGAGUACGAUUGGAUGUGGAAGGAGUCCACCACGCUGCCGCGACGAACAGACCCAAGCGAGGCGCGCCCAGACGGCAGUGACAAAGGCAACGACAACGAAGAGGAACAGCAAGAAGACGCCGAGGAGGAGCAGGAACAACUGGAGAAGCAAAACGAAAAAGAAACGCCAAAAACGCGCGCGGAGGACCUGCUCGAGCCCAAAGCGUGGAGCCUCAACCGCUUGUGUGUGCGAACGGGUGAGUCGGCCUGGUCGCGCGAGUUCCCUAUCGACCACCCUCACCUUGGCCGAGACCGAGCGCCGGUCGACGUGCGGGUGGUGCCCUGCGGCCCUACCUUCGUUGUCUACUUCGACGACCCGUCGACGAAGCCAACCGCCGCGAUUGAGCGGAAUGCUGACCACCACGCCACCACCGCCAGCGACCGCCACCCAACCGCCACUGCGGUGAAGAGCGGCGGGUUCAAGGUCGACUUCGCUGUGCCCCUUCUGUCGCUCUCGUUCCUCGCCCCGCCCGAGCUGCACGCCGAAGACUGGAACACGGGCUCGCCGGCAGCGGUGCCCGCCUCCACGACCUAUCACACCCUCAUCGAGACCGUCAACACCUCGCUGGACGACGUGCGCCUGUCCUUCGUCAGCACCGAGGGACCCUCGGCCGACUCCCCGUUGCAACAAUGUCCAUUGGAGACGACCAAGCGGCAGAGCGUGUCGCUCUCCAUUUCGUCCUUUCAAGUCGACAAUCACAUGCCCUUCUACGACUUCCCGGUCGUGGCCCUCUCCAACGCCUCGUCGUCGUCUUCGCACGCCAGCGUGUCGUCUUCAUCGCCCGCCGUCGCCUGCACUCUCGAGCGCGCCUUCUUCCCGCUCUUGGGCAACCCACGCGUGGCCACGGGCAUCUACGAUUUCUUCGCCCUCCCCGCCACCGGCGCCAAAGAAGCGGGCGUGCUGGGCUUCAUGUCGGGUCUGGGUCGCGGUCUCUCGUCGCUGGUGAUGCACGUCUCGGAGGGCACCCUCACCUCCGUGUCGGACCUCUCAUCGAGCUUGAUGCGGAACGUUGACAACUUGUCGCUCGACAGCGACUAUGUGCGCUACAACAAGAUGCGGCUGCGUAACGCGCCGGAACAGGUGCACACGGGCUUUGCGCGAGGCCUGCAAGGGUUUGGCGAAGGAGUCAUUGACGGAGCGAUGGGUCUCGUUGCCCACCCGAUAGCGGGACUCUCCGACGGUGGCCUAACCGGAGCCGUCAAGGGUCUGGGCAUCGGCGUCAUGGGUGCCAUUUCCAAGCCGCUCUCCGGCGCCGUCGGGCUGCUCGCCCAGACUUCGCAGCGUUGGGCUCGGCGGGGCUCGGUCGGUAUCGGCUGUACCAGCGCCACGCGAUGCCCAAGGCGCUCGAGCCAGCCUCGAACGCCCGGAUGA